AAUAUCAUCACAUGGCCUUGUGGGAGAGCGGUGAAGACAAAACACUAUCAAAAUCCAACAAAAACCCAUAAGAGCAACCCCCCAAAGAGCCAUUCCUAGCCAUUUAAAAACCUAUUGGUGGGACUUAUGAGAUUAGAUGUGGUGAAGAAAAUCUACCAUUUCCUCCCCCUACCCCCAAUCCAUUACACCAUAUAACAACACACUUUUUGGCAAGAGCAAAAACCCACUUCCUAACUUCCUGCGCCUCCUCCUCCAAACUUCAUGCAACUUUCAUUUCCUAUCUAGCUUUGCUUCAAACUCCACCUAAUCAUCUCUACCGCGAGUACUAGUCUAUUAGUACAUCGUUGACGCGUAACUCGAAAAAGGAACAGAUUCUCGAGCUGCGUGUUUGCUCAACAUGGUCCUGGUAGGCGAGCAUGGGGAGGGAGAUGGCGGUGGAGAUGGAGCAGUGGAUUUCAGAGGAAACCCUGUGGACAAGUCCAAAACUGGAGGCUGGCUUGCUUCUGCCCUUAUUCUAGGAACUGAGCUGUCUGAGAGGAUAUGUGUGAUGGGGAUAUCGAUGAACUUGGUGACUUACUUGGUCGGAGAUUUGUACAUCUCGUCCGCGAAAUCGGCCACCAUUGUCACCAACUUCAUGGGAACUCUCAACCUCCUCGGCUUGCUCGGUGGCUUCUUGGCCGAUGCCAAGCUCGGCCGCUACUUGACUGUUGCCAUCUUUGCCUCCAUCACAGCUUUGCAGGGUGUCACUCUGCUAACACUAGCAACAUCAAUCCCAACCAUGAGGCCACCAGUAUGCGAGGAAGCCCGCCGGCAGCACCACGAAUGCAUCGAGGCAAGCGGACGCCAGCUCGCGCUCCUCUACGCCGCACUCUACACGACAGCACUCGGCGGAGGAGGGAUCAAGUCCAACGUCUCAGGUUUCGGUUCGGACCAGUUCGAUGCAACGGACCCCAAGGAAGAAAAAUCCAUGAUCUUCUUCUUCAACAGGUUCUACUUCUGCAUCAGCAUUGGCUCCCUCUUCGCGGUGAUCGUCCUGGUUUACAUUCAGGACAACGUCGGAAGAGGGUGGGGCUACGGCAUCUCUGCCGCGACCAUGGUGGUCGGAGUGAUUGUGCUGGUAUGUGGAACUAAAUUGUACAGGUACAAGAAGCCUAAAGGAAGCCCUGUUACUGUAAUUUCAAGAGUUGUGUUCUUGGCCUGGAAGAAGAGGAAGUUGGAUUACCCUGCCCAUCCCAGUUUGUUGAAUGGGUACCAUAGUGCCAGAGAAGUUCAGCAUACGGAGAAGUUCAAGUGCCUAGACAAGGCAGCCAUUGUCGACGAAAAGGCAGGGGAAGACAGGAACGAUCCAUGGACGGUAUCCAAAAUCGUGGAGGUGGAGGAGAUCAAGAUGGUUAUCAAGCUUAUACCCAUUUGGUCGACCUGCAUCAUGUUCUGGACAGUCUACUCUCAAAUGACGACGUUCACGGUCGAGCAGGCCACAUUCAUGAACCGAAAACUCGGGUCGAUCAAUGUCCCUGCGGGGUCCUUCUCCACAUUCCUCUUCAUCACAAUCCUCCUCUUCACAUCCCUCAACGAGAAGAUCUUCGUGCCAAUCGGACGAAAGCUUACCCACAACCCGCAGGGACUCACGAGCCUGCAGAGGAUCGGGAUAGGACUCUUGUUCUCAAUCGCCGCCAUGGUUGCAGCUGCCGUGAUCGAGAAGGAAAGGAGGGAGAGAGGUGCUGGCGACAACGGGGUUAUGAUCAGCGCAUUCUGGCUUGUGCCUCAGUACUUCUUGGUGGGAGCUGGAGAAGCUUUUGCUUAUGUAGGGCAGCUCGAGUUCUUCAUCAGGGAGGCACCUGAGAAGAUGAAAUCGAUGAGCACGGGGCUGUUUCUGAGCACGAUUUCGAUGGGGUUCUUCGUCAGUAGUCUGUUGGUUUCGAUUGUCGAUAAGGUGACGAAGAAGGUCUGGUUGAGAAGCAACUUGAAUGAUGGGAUGUUGAACAACUUCUACUGGUUGCUUGCGGUUCUGGGGGCGCUGAAUUUCGUGGUGUUCCUUAUUUUCUCGAGAAGGCAUCAGUAUAAAGUGAGGAACCAACAAGUGACUGGUGACGAUUCUGAGAUGAAGGAGACGAAGAAGGCAACGGAGAGUUUCAGUACUCUUGAAGUGGAGUAGAAAGGGGAGAGCUUGUAAGGAAAUGGCAGGCAUUUUAGUGUUAGCAAUCUCAGGCAAAAGUUAGGCUUCGUUCAUAUGUGUAUUUGUUGGUAUUCAAGCAAACCUUGAACCAAUGGUAUUGCGAUGUAUUCCCACCUUAAACCAAUUCUUUUCCCUCUCUGCCAUUCUUCCUUUACCUGUGUGUUUUUUAGUGUACUAUAAGAAGACACGGUAUAAAGACAUGUUCGAUGUGUUUAUUUAAACGAUAUACUAUGGCGUUUAUAUA